ACACACACACACACACACACACACACUUGCCCAGAGACAAACUUAAGGUGAGGAGAAAGAGCGCUAGCUUCACUUGAUCUUCAGGCUCCAACCUCAACAGGACUUGAGAGCAUCUGAACUUCUGGAUUUCAGGACAAGUGAAGAAGAUUCCCUGGGUUAUAAAGAUGAAGAGGCUACUUCUUCUGGUGCUGAUUUCAAUCUGCUGGGCUGAUCAUUCAGACAACUACACUCUAGAUCAUGACAGAGUGAUUCACAUCCAAGCAGAAAAUGGCCCCCGUCUACUCGUGGAAGCAGAACAAGCGAGGGUGUUCUCACAUCGAGGUGGCAAUGUUACACUGCCAUGUAAAUUUUACCGAGACCCUACAGCAUUUGGCUCAGGAACCCACAAGAUCCGAAUUAAGUGGACCAAGCUAACUUCAGAUUACCUCAAGGAAGAGGACGUUUUUGUUUCCAUGGGAUAUCACAAGAAAGCCUAUGGAGGCUACCAGGGUAGAGUGUUUCUGAAGGGAGGCAGUGAUAAUGAUGCUUCUCUGGUGAUCGCAGACCUCACCCUGGAGGAUUAUGGGAAAUAUAAGUGUGAGGUGAUUGAAGGAUUGGAAGAUGAUACUGCUGUGGUAGCAUUAGAUUUACAAGGUGUGGUAUUCCCUUACUUCCCACGACUCGGGCGCUACAAUCUCAAUUUCCACGAGGCACAGCAGGCGUGUCUGGACCAGGAUGCCGUGAUUGCCUCCUUUGACCAGCUGUACGAUGCCUGGCGGGGCGGGCUGGACUGGUGCAAUGCGGGCUGGCUCAGCGACGGGUCUGUGCAGUACCCCAUCACGAAGCCCCGAGAGCCUUGCGGGGGCCAGAACACGGUGCCCGGUGUCAGGAACUACGGGUUUUGGGAUAAAGACAAAAGCAGAUAUGAUGUUUUCUGUUUUACAUCUAACUUCAAUGGCCGGUUUUACUACCUGAUCCACCCCACCAAGCUGACCUACGACGAAGCGGUGCAAGCCUGUCUCAACGACGGUGCUCAGAUCGCAAAAGUGGGCCAGAUCUUCGCAGCCUGGAAACUUCUGGGAUACGACCGCUGCGAUGCGGGCUGGCUGGCGGAUGGCAGCGUCCGCUACCCCAUCUCUCGGCCGAGGAGGCGCUGCAGUCCCACGGAGGCUGCCGUGCGCUUCGUGGGGUUCCCAGAUAAAAAGCAUAAGCUGUAUGGUGUCUACUGCUUCAGAGCAUACAACUGAGCGUGCCCCCAGAGCACAGCAGUUUUAAAGUCAUUAAGAACAUGUGAAAGGUUUUUUGUUGUUUUUUUUGUUGUUGUUUGGGUUUGGUUUUUUUGUUUGUUUGUUUGUUUUUUCAAUACGAACUCGUGCAAGUUACCAAAACUGUGAUAACCCUUUUUUACUUACUGGAAAGAGUCAUUUUCAUAAAGACCAAUUCAUGAAUUUGUUUUUGUAAAGCUAUCAUUCAAUAUAUAUUAUAAAUUAAUAUAAUUUUAAGGGAAGCGCUAGAUAAGGAGGCUUUAGAGCCAAAUUGUUUAGGCUACAUCAUCCCAGUGAAGUAUCCUUUCAUGAACGGGGCAUGCAAUAGCUUGAGGGUUGCAAGGGUGACAUUAAGGAAAGUGCAGUUACUCAGAGCAGCAGCUUCCACAAGCACAAAUUUUACACAUUUGUACAAUUUUGAAAUGCACUACAAUCUACAGAUUAGAGCAACAGAUUUGAAAUACAGUCUUCUUUACAGAAACUGAGAUUCCGAGAGGUUGCACAAAACUCAGUUUCACAAGGGAACAAUCUACACUUUUCUAAAAUAUAUUAUUUCAAGUCUCCAAUAAACAGAACGUUUUAGUCUUUAAAAUCCUGCCUUUUUGACCAAAAAAAAAAAGAAAGAAAGAAAUUCAUAUGGACUCCAAUGCAUAGUGACAAGCACAGUUAAAACUCCUUAAUAACCCCAUUUAUAUGAAGUAUGAAACAUAAAUGAGCAGAUAAUAUUUAACCAAUGAGAGACUUCUAUCUUCUUUUAAUUGGAAUGACAGGUACCUGAGAAAAUCAUUAAAUCUUUAGAGUAGCUUUACCGAGUUAUAUUUAAAUUCUAAGGGCCGUCUGCUAAGCAGCAUUAGCAUCUACUCAGGGCAGUUAUAUAGAUAAACUGCUGGACAGAAAAAUAGUAAAAUUUAGCAGCUUGAUUUUAUGUUAGCCUAUGAAAUAUAUUGUCCUAUAAAAAUAACUUUAAGCUAUUUAAUAUUUCCUUCUUAUUUACCUUACAGGAAAAAAAUUUAAACCACAAAAGAAAUGAGUAACUCAACACUUGCCUAACCAACAACAGACAACCAAAUAUAGACCCAACUUUCAAAAUUCCCAUUAUUCUUCUUUGUAUAUACUAGAAAGCCCAAAUGGUGCCUGUGUGUGGGGAAACAAGAGAACAAAGUCGUUCUAAACCUUCCUCCAAAUAGAAAACGUGGCCAGUGAUGUCACUUUCCUUCAUUAGGCUUAAAUGAAAUGCAGAACCUCCCAUCAAAGUUUACACUAAAAUCUUCAGGGCUUUAAAUGAAAGGGUAAGGCCAGCUUUAGAAAAACAACUUUAGACAUUAGCAGCUCCAAUAUUAAAUAAAGCUCUGUUUUCCUAUAUUUUUAUGACUGUUGAGACCCCGCAGGGACCAAUAUUUGUAUUCAAAUUACAUUUCAUGGUUUCCCAUUGUUUCACAAUGAGUUCUAAUAAAUGGGAUUUAGUAUAAUAAUCCAAGUAUGACAUAGCUGGUAUGCUUUCAUGAAUGUUUUUAUGUAGAUUUUCCUCCCAUGAACAUGAGUAAAUAAAUCUGUUUCCUGAAUUGAUUGUGGUUGCAUUUAAAGCUCUGUAAUAAUUCUAAUAAAUUUACUCUAUAGAGGUACAUGUGUGGAAGGUAUAGAACAAUUGGAAGUCCAUGAAACCAUAAUUAUACCCAUACAUUAUCUAGAGAAAAUAUUGUAAAUAAAAGUAGAUCAUUUCUUUUAUCGAAGCAUAGCUGGGAAAUUUCAGAUGCUUCAAUAUUAAAAGAGGAUAGUGUAUGCAUGCACAUUUUUACAUUAGGUUGGAUAUGCAAAUUGCACAAAAAUAUAAAUCCAAAGAGGUCGUAAAAUUUAACUCAAACACAGCUGAUACAACUAGCAUUCAAACUUCUAAAUUAAAAAUACCUGAAUGAUCUAGGGUAAGAUGAAUACAUCAUUUAAAGAGGGGACCAUCUCCAAAACAGCAACUUUAACACCUCAAAUAUGGGGGGUAGCAUAUUGGAGGGAGCCCAUGUGUGAAUGAUUAUGACCCACAUUACAAGAAUUUUAUUGGAAAUGCAAGUUGGAAGACAUUUCUAUUGAAGCAGGUAUAUAAUUUUCAGCUAUUGCUGCAGAACUCUACCUUUAUAAUAUUAAGCAUAGUAGGGUUUCUUAACUUUUGAAUACUUACUAGUAUUGGAACUGGUGCUGUUCAAAAUCUCUGGAGUGACUGUUAGCUAAUUAAAAUCUAUACUGAUUGCACACCAUUUUUCCAUGCUUAAUAAAAAAAAUCUUAAC